UCACCUUAGUCUUGAGCAAAGGGAUAUAAUUUAGUCUUUAUAAAUAAACUAAGUACCUCGUAUGUCUUCGAUGUUUUCCUACGUGCGAACGUACCUAUUAAUGCUUAUUUACGUUUAUAUUAAAUAUAAUAUGGUGGAAAACUCCAAGUUACAACGAACCACGUGAUGGUAUGUCCCGCAAACAAUAUGUUUAAUGCAAUUAAAUAGCCCAGAAAUCAGUAAGUUGCAUAUGUUGUAAAUGCAAGGUAACAAGAUAGAUUUUUCUCUUCCCGCUUAUCCUCGCAAAUUGCGAUCACCUAUCAACUCUCGCCAGUCGUCUGCUCCGAAGGUUUUACAAAAUUAUCUGACAGAAAAUAUUUGUAUGAUCAACUCAACCUACAACGCGUUCAAGUGUAGGGUAGACCUAAUUCCCCUAUCUUUAUCGCCCCGUUAGUUUUUACUUUUAUUUACUGUAAUUACUGGCUUCGUUAAUUGUACAGCAACGAAAUUCUCUUGCUGCUAAACCUGUUUAUAAGUAAUUACAUAAGCUAAGUUGGCAAUGUUUGCGUAAGUUUGGUUAUUGCUCGCGGCGCCGCCUGCACUUCAAGACGCACAGUUUGGAACGCUGCUGCUGCGCGCGCGCCGGACUACAGACUCGCGCGCACUCCUCGUACUCCUCGUAACUUAAAAUAAAUUAUUCCUUCUCUUACCAAUAAAUUGUAAGAACAAUGAAAUUACUAACAUAAACUAUUAAAUAAGUGUACUUAUACAAAACUCAAGUAACCAUAAAAUUGCCCAAACGAUACACAAGUAGAUAUUUAUCUCUUCCAAAAUAAACAGCCAGUUAUUGUGUCCAAUUUAAUAGAUUAAACUAGAUAUUGAUAAUGUGAGUCUCACCGAUAACAAGUGAUCCGAUACUCUCACUAUCCUUCAUUCCUCGGUGCAGCGUUGCGAAAGACUUAUCUCCCUCUAUCGAAUAUCACCAAAUUUAAUCAGUGUCGUGGGAAUUUAGUGAGUGUUCGGUAAAAUGGUGAAAUGUUAUAGGAAGACAAUAUCGUUGUCUGAAGCGUGGGUUUCUUCGAGCGAGAGGUUGAGUGAUUUUUACGCGUCGUCAUGGCAACGGGGAGAUUCUCCGGUGCCGCUGUUGGUGGUGCGACUGGCGUUGGUGACGGCGGCCAUCGCCGUGCUGUGCUGGUCCCUGGUGGAAGGCUGGAACGUCCGCUGGCUGCUGUUCCUCACCAACUGGGGCCUCCUGCUCGUCACUAUGAUGCUUCUCAGCGGGGUGCUGGUUUCAUUUGUGGCAGUGUGCAAAACGUCUUCCGUUUCAGAAACAUCAGAGGUCCCGUGGUACGUCAGCAUGUAUUGGCUGUUGUUCAACAUUGCCGUCAGCGUGUCCUUGCUCAUCACAGCGCUCUAUUGGAUCCUUUUGUACGAUCCAGAUAUGGCAGAUAUUGAGCCGCGUAUGUUCUGGCUGGACGUCGCGACCCACGGAAUCAACUCUUGCCUCGCGAUAGCUGAAGUUGUAGCGUCACGCACCCCUGUACGAAUACUGCACUUUUAUCAGCCCCUUGGCGUAGGGAUUUGGUACGCUGUGUUCACCGCCAUUUACUACGCAGCAGGAGGCACUGAUGGAGCGGGUUCCCCAUUUAUCUACGCAGUGCUGGACUGGCGGUAUGGCUGGCGAACAACCGCCCUCGUCGCAUCCUCAUUGGCUGGCCUUAUCGUCGUCUACGCAGUGCUGUGGCUACUCGCUCUUUGCCGGGAUAAGAUCUCCUUGGACCUUAUUCGAACCGUCAGCCACGACUUGCCAAUAGUACCCGAUUCUCUUUCGAGAAUAGUAUGACGAAUGGAAUUGAAUCACAAAAUCAGCGCCCGCGCCGAUUAAAUAUAUUUUAUGACGUGACGAAUAUUUCAAUAAGAUGUGAUAUUGUUCCCACAUUAUCCACAUGAUAGUCCAAUUUUUGCAUUUCAUCAAAAACUUAAAGUAGUACGUGUAUUCGACUAGGUACUAAAUUCUCAAUUACAAAACAUCAUUUCACCCUCAACCAGACAGUAUUAAGAUUCUCUCUAGCAGCUUAGCUCUUAUUUUGUAAUAAACCAUAAAUUUAACUUUAGUUUCACCUUAUAAGUGCACAAUUUGGAAACCAAAAAUCUAUAUAUUCGUGCCAAUUUUGUUUCCAUUAGGUAUUUUAAUUUAUGUAAAUGCGUGAUAAUAAUGUUUAUAAUCAAUUUUCUUUUAUAUGUAGUAAUAAGAAACUUUUCCAUCAAUUUCUAAGUUUAAAAGAGAAAUUGCUUAAUAAUGUGAAAGGUUUAUUAUAAUUUCUUAGGUACUUAAACCUCUUGUAUAUACGUAUAUACAUUUAUGGUUUGUUAAUUAAAUAAGAUGUACAUAUUAACUUUAAUUAUGUAAUAUAACAAUGUUGCUUUUUAUUUAGUUCUCUUUGAACAAAUAUUGUAAGAUGGAGAAAUAAAAAACAAGAUAUAGUAAUUCAGAACAUUUAUUUUAUAUUAUAAUGCAUUCAAACACAAAGCAAUCAAUUACAGUAUGAUUAAUAACAAACUAAAUAAUAACUAUGAUAUGUGAUUAAAGUAUGACUUAUUGUGUCUGUCUGUAGCGAGUCGACACGUACGUUAACGUUCUAUUAUCAGAAAGUAUUAAACAAAACAAAUAGCAACAACUAAAAUAAAGUUCAUUUAUAAAAAUAAUUUUGAAAUACGUCUACCAUAAGGUAUAUUAUAAUUUUAACAAAACAAUAUCAUGAUUAUAUUUUGGACAACAGUCUCAAAAAAUAAGCCAACUUACAAUUAGUUUUUAUAUCCAAAAAUAUAUUUCUUAUGUACACAGAUACAGCUAAAUCGUAAACUAGAUCAGGUGUCGCGGUCUGAGCCUUGCCUUGAAAUGAAGGUGUGUCGCACGCUUCCUUCUAUCGCUUUGAGACCCUCUGUUAGCUGGUGGUACCAAUAGUGUGAAAAAUCUGUCAUUAAGACCUUUAUUUGUCAUUAAGUCAAGAAGACCGAAAGGGUCAGAUCGUGCAAUGGUAAAAAAUAUGGUUCUUGUAAUGUAAUUUAGACCACUUAUGGAUUCUGGUAUCUGAAAAGCAUAUUACGGCUCGUUUUUGUCCGUAAAAUUAUGAUAGAGAUAAAGGAUAAUUGAAGAAUCACAUCUUAGCAAACCCAUCUUAACAUACUUACAUAUACUAGUCAGGCUAACUUACAACAUGGGAAUUUCCAUUGUACAUUUGUUAUAUUAUAAGUAUGAUAUCACAAUCAUGAGAAAUUAUGCUACAAUGUCAAUUCAAUAGUCCUAAGUUUAAAAGGCAUUUCCAGAGAUCAUUUCCACGAUACCAUUCACGGGGCAUCAAUAGUUGUUUCAUCUCACGAAUCUGUGCGACAUUUGUUUUAAAAACUAUGAAUGUUUGUGUUAUUAUAAACUUGGAUGGGGGUACAAAAUUUUUUCGAGCUCAUUCGCGCUUCGGAAAGCACGUUAAGCUAUUGGUCCCGACUGUCAUCACUAGAAGGCAGUCAUAAAGCCCGAUCAGAUACAUUUUGGCCGCAUGAAAACUCAGUGCCGCUCAUUAAACACACGAUAAAAAAGCAAUAUGUAUAAUAGGCAUAGAAAAUUAAAUGGAUUUCGUGAAAUGGAACACCUAUUUCAUAGCUCACAGCUAGCCUUUAAGAAAUGGUAUCACUGCUUACUAACCAAGCAAAGACUAUCCUAGCGUUUCGUGGACGAAUAUCACAUUUGUUUAAAAACAAAAUGAAUUGACUCGUCUGUAAUAAAUGAAGCGACAGAUUAAAUUCCAUAUUAAUGUUAAAAAUUAGAUACCUUCUACGUUUUCCAGGUGUAGCGUGUGUAAAGUCUUAUUCAUCUAAAAAAAUAUGAAACUUAUGUUGUUAACUAUUGAGUUGGAUUCUUAGCAGAAAUGAAAUUUGUGAAUCUUCCAUAAAUAUUUUAGUGAAAUUUAAAAGAGAAUUUUAAAUAUGCAUCCACGAAACGCCACAUACUUACAAAUACACACUUUACAUCAAUUAAAUAUUACAACAUAUAUCUUAUUCCAUAUUUGUAACUUGUUACACAUUACAGUACCUUAACGCUAAAGCGUCUCGAUAGACCUAAUAACAGUAUCAUAUAUUAGGAUAUUAGCUAAAAUUAUUUUAAACCCCUGUUCUUAUUGUUUGCAACGGUAACGUUCAAUGAAACAAAAUAUAUUGAUUUAGUAUGUCGUGUACCUCUAUAAUGAGAUAUAAAAAGAAAAAUUUCAAUAAGUUUAAUAUAAAAGCCGAACACGCAAUAUAUAAUAAAUUCAGUUAUUUUCACGUAACCACGACUAUAACUCGUGACCACACGUCGUGAUAAAUAUUCACCUACUUUUUUUAAACAAUGUUGUAAAAUACGCAUAAAAUUCACUAGGACAAGGAGGAUUAGGCACAUUUGGGACAUAAGUAAUAAAUAUGUUUUUAAGAAUUUUAAGUUACAAAAAAACUACGUUAUCCGCUAAAGAUCACAAAUACUUAAUUAUUACACUUAAAAACGCAUAGUU